AUGAACACAUCAUGCCAUGCAACAAUCCUAAGCAAGAAGCAGGCCAAGAAGGAAGAGAAGAUGCUGACCAGAGAGCUGCAGCUUGUUACCCAAGAGAGAAAUCUUCUAAGAGAACGCCUGAUGUAUGUCACAGAGGGAGCCAUGAAUAAGAGGCCCUACUAUAAACCCAAUCCAUUUUAUGAAAAAUUGAAGUUAAAAGAGAAGGAGAUCAUGGCAUUUCUACAAAACUUAGAGAUGGAGAACAUUGAAGCCCGGCAGAAAUUUGAGGAACACAAGAAGGAGAUCAACUUCUAUCGGAACCUGGAGAGCUGCCUCCUGAUACAGAAAGACAUUAUGAAUAAGAGGUUGGCCGAACUGAAGCAGGAGAACAAGGAAGUACAUGCUGAUUGGACCAUCAUUCAGCAAUACCUGAUUGACUUGAAUCUGAAUGAUAAAUUCGAAAAAGGAGAAGGCCAGAAUUCUCCAGGACCAACAACAUCAGCAAGAUUCAGAUAUAAAAUCAUUUUUCAUGAUGACAAUGGAGGACCUAAGAAGGACAAGAACGACUUCCAUAAAAAGUACAGGAGAACACAGAGAGUUCUUGGCAUGAGCUGUGAUGUCACCAGUGUUGUAGCAACAGCACAAGCCCUGUGGUUUCUCAGUCAGUGUCUAGAGCAUACAUUGAUAGACAUGUUUGCCCGAAUCAGAAAACUUUUUCGGAGAACCAAUGUGGAUGUGAGAGAGAUAAGAGAGAGGAGGAAGGAAGCUGGCCUUUCAUCUGAGAGUAAUAAAGGACAAAGGAGGAGGUCUUGGAGAAUGUGGAGGGCUGGCAGGCAGACAUCAUCCCCUGCAACUCUCCUGAGCAAGAAGCAGGCCAAGGAGGAAGAGGAGAGGCUGACCAGAGAGCUGCAGCUCAUUACCCAAGAGAGAAAUGAUCUGAGAGAUCGCUUGAUCUAUGUCACAGAGGGAGCCAUGAACAAGAGGCCAUACUACACACCAAAUCCGUUAUAUGAAAAAUUAAAGUUAAAGGAGAAGGAGAUUAUGACAUUUCUACACACCUUAGAGAAGGAGAAUAUUGAAGCCAAACAGAACUUCCAGGAUCUCAGGAAGGAGAUUAACUUCUAUCGCAACCUGCACAGCCGGCUCCUGAUGCAGAAGAACCUUAUGAAUAAGAGAUUGGUCAUACUGAAGCAGGAGAACAAGGAAGUACACGCUGAUUGGACCAUCAUUCAGCAAUACCUGGUUGACUUGAACCUGAUUGAUAAAGGUGAACAGAAGCCCAGCAUCUUCCAGGACCUACAACAUCAGGUUCCAGAAAUGGUAGCAAGAGCUGAAAUUUCCACAGACCAGGAAGAGGGCCUCAUGCAGAAUGAUUUCCCACCUCAGGAGCCUCCUGCUGAGCUCCAUCCUCAACAACCACAAAAUUCCUUGGAUGAAUCUUCCUCUACAUAA